CGGGUCCCCUCUCUCUUGCCGUCAGGCUGGCCCAAGCUGCACGUGCAGGUCUGGCACCAGGACUCCUUCGGGCGCAGGGAGCUCUACGGCUACGGCUUCUGCCACGUGCCGUGCAGCCCGGGCUGGCACGCGCUGGCCUGCGUCACCUGGCAGCCCCUGGGCUCCUGGCAGGAACGGCUCUCCCAGCUCUUUGUGGGCGGGGGGCCCCAGCUGCUGAACAGUGACCUGAUCUACACGGGGGCCGACCGGUACCGCCUGCAGACCAGCGCCGCGGGCACCGUGCACCUGGAGCUGGGCGUGCUGCUGCGCCACUUCGCCCGCUACGGGGUGGAGUGCUAGGGAGUGGGCAGGCCCCCGCCGCGGGCCGGGCGCUGUACAGACCCCCGCCGUGGGGCAGGCUCUAGGGAGCGGGCAGAUCCCCCACCACAGGCUGGGCGCUGUAUGGACCCCCCGCUGUGGGGCAGGGCUCUAGGGAUUGGGCAGACCCCCUGCUGCAGGCUGAGUGCUGUACGGAUCCCUCCCCCCCCCUUGGGCUGGGUGCUGUACGGACCCCCCCCGCUGUGGGGCAAGCUCUAGGGAGCGGGCAGACCCCCCACCCACAGGCUGGGCGCUGUACGGACCCCCGCCGCGGGGCAGGCUCUAGGGAGUGGGCAGGCCCCCGCUGUGGGCCGAGCACUGUACGGCCCCCCCACCGUGGGGCAGGCUCUAGGGAGCGGGCAGAUCCCCCACCACAGGCUGGGCGCUGUAUGGACCCCCCCCCGUGGGGCAGGGCUCU